UUUUGAGCUUCUUCUAGUGAGUGACAAAUCGAUUUAGCAUUACUCUUGAUGUGAUACUCUAAGACAUCACUUGUUCCGUAAGAUAUAUGGACAUCAGCUGAGCAACGUGUCCAUUGUCUUCCCCAGAGGACAUGACUGCGACCUGCUCUCAUUCCACAGAUGCUUAAGAGCAGCACGUUUUCAUGGCCCACACCUGACCUGAACUGUGUAAAGAACACAACAUUUGCCUUUUUAUCCCAGAUCAACACUGCCUACUUGCCCACUCUGCAGUCCCCAGGAUGGCAGGUUCACCGGACCAACACAUGGUGGAAAACUACACCACUGACUUAGACAGCUUGCUACUGACAACAGAAUUUGACUACGGUGGUGCAACAGCAUGCACAAGAAUCGAGGAAAAGGACUUUGCAUCAAAAUUUUUGCCACCACUUUACUCUUUGGUGGUGAUAUUUGGCCUCCUGGGCAACAUGCUUGUUGUCCUUAUCCUGGUAAAAUACAAGCGACUGAAGAGUAUGACUGACAUCUACCUGCUCAAUUUGGCAAUUUCUGAUCUGCUGUUUAUAUUUUCCCUCCCUUUUUGGGCUUAUUACGCUGCCCAGGAGUGGAUAUUUGGAGAUGCACUCUGCAGAAUUCUCUCAGGUGUCUACCUCCUUGGCUUCUACAGCGGGAUCUUUUUCAUCAUCUUGUUGACCAUAGACAGGUAUCUGGCCAUAGUGCAUGCCGUGUUUGCUUUAAAAGCCAGGACAGUUACCUAUGGCAUCCUCACCAGCAUUGUCACUUGGGCUGUUGCUAUUUUUGCCUCUGUUCCAGGAAUAAUAUUUCACAAAAGUCAAAAGGAAAAUUCUCGUUAUACAUGCAGCCCUCAUUAUCCAUCUGAUCAGAGAAAUGCAUGGAAGCAGUUCUUGACUUUAAAGAUGAACAUCCUGGGACUUAUUGUUCCAAUGCUCAUUAUGAUCUGCAGCUACACACAAAUUAUAAAGACAUUACUGCAAUGUAGGAAUGAGAAAAAACAUAAAGCGGUCAGGCUUAUUUUUAUCAUCAUGAUUGUCUACUUUUUAUUCUGGGCACCAUACAACAUCAGUAUUCUCUUGCGUGAUUUUCAAGUAUCAUUAUCCCUUAGUACUUGUGAAAUCAGUGGUCAACUGGAGAAAGCAAUACAAGUGACAGAAACAAUUUCAAUGAUCCACUGUUGUAUCAAUCCUGUGAUCUAUGCCUUCGCUGGAGAAAAGUUUAGGAAGUAUCUUCAUUGCUUUUUCCGAAAGCACGUUGCAUCCCACUUCUCUAAAUAUUGCCCAGUUUUCUAUGUUGACCCAGCUGAACGGGUUAGCUCCACUUACACACAGUCCACUGGAGAGCAAGAAGUUUCUGCUGCAUUGUAAACUGUGUCUAGCAAAAGAGUGAGAUUAACUUUUGUGAUCAAUUCUGUGAAGGAAGCCUGGGAAUCUGUUCUCUGGAUACUGUCUCUAAGGUAGCCACAGAAGAACAUGGCACAUAUCUACCAAACCUUGUAUUUGCUCAUUUAUAUGAGUAUUUGUACAUAAAUGAAAAGGAUGUAUCAAAUUAGCUAACUGGAUAUGCAAAUGUAGGAUUCUGCAGGGAAAGAAGUAUUCUCUUUUUUUGUGAAUGCAAAAGCCUAGUUUUGUACUGAAGGGCCUAAAACUCCCAAAGACUGGAGGCUUUCUUUGUACACUAAGCUAGCAAGCUCAUAAACAGAAUUUUUGAAGUGAAUUAUUAGGAGGUUAGAAAUAGAUACUGGUUCUUUGGAAACAUUUCUUGACUGUACCUUACACAAGAUAUCUCACUCAUUUACACUCAGUGUCAGUCUCACUCUUUACUAGCCUUAUUGUGCACCUGUGCAGAUAAUGCUAAAUUGCUGAGGUGUGUGAUAUAGAAUCUUUAAAAGGGAUAAGGGAAAAUUUUAUACCUUUUUAAAAAGCCUCUAAUAUUUCAAGGUAUAUUUGUUUGUGUACAGCUGAGUACCAACAUUUUGGUCUUUCUUCAUAUUAGUCUUAACUACUUCAUGUCAAUACCUAAGUUACUCAAGAGUUUGGAUAUUUCAGAAGGCUCUUUCAAUCAAUUUGCUGUUUUAUAUCCUAGUCAUAUCGAAAAGCUAAUCAAAUAUACAAUGGACUAACACUGAUCAGCACAUCAAUGUGUUUGAAAUAUUUAAAGAGUAAAAUAUUACACAUGGAGCUUUAACCAGGUCAGAUCAAACGUGUACUAUAAGUCAAGAGGGUUUUGUUUUUUCAGUGCAGUGAUUUUGUAGGCCAUUCUGCUAACCUAUAUAGUUACAGGGAAAAACUUUAAAUAUGAAACUAAGGCAGUGGUAAUGGCUGCAAAAACACAACAGCACUAGAGGUGUGGAAAUGUUUUCAAAAGAGGGUUGACCCAGAUGUUUAUAGAGAUAAGCACAUGCCACAGAUUUUUAAGUUAUCAAUACAUAGGAAUAAGUGAAAGAAUUUACUGAUCCACAAAGUCAAGGGGCAUAUAGCAUCACUUUCUGGUUUUCUAAGCAGGUAUCAUUUGGACGCUACCAAAAAUGAUACCACCAUUUUUCUGCCAUUUGGUAGUUUUAAAGAUAUUAAAAGUUUCCAUAAUUAGUAAGAUUGAUGGCCAAAUAUGACAGGGCCUGUGCUAAAGCUCAGAUCCUGCAGAGCAUUAGAACAUACAGAAAAUCUGAAGAAUGUGGAUACUCAUGUGCUUAAAGUGGUACCUUAUUUACACGAUUAUUUGAUUCAUGCCAAGUUGUCCUUUCUAGUGUUUCUUACAUUUCCCUUAAGACACUUGGUUUUGGCCAACUCUGGAAACAGAAAUAUAAAACAGUAUGUUCUGAUUGCUGUUCUUAUCCAGUAGGGUUAUUUCUGUUUCCCAGCUUCUCUAUAUAUACUUUAAAAGAAUACUUCCAAAUAAGCAAAUGUUUCAAACAGUCUGAAAGAAAUCUUACAGUGCUAAGUACUUGUGAAAAUAGGAAGUGAAAUAGGGAAAUCUUUGCUCAUCAGACCACUUGUUUCAAGUUAUUCUGUUUUGUCAUAUUAAGCGCUGCUUUUGGACUACAUCCCACAUGGGAAUUAUGAGAAAACUGUACUACGUCUUCUAAUUCACAAUCGUUUGAGAUACAUAUUCUUUUUUAAGGCACCAGGUGACUGUUGCAUCAGUCAUCUUCUGGAUUUCGUACAUGCUUUUAAAACAGGUAACUAUAGUAUCAUAAGUAAAAAUGGUGUAAUUGUAGCACAAAAUGCAAAACAUAUGCAUUUCUUUUUUAAAGAGACAGAAAGCUGUAUGUAGUAACUUCUUGUCAGGCUGGCCUUUUUUUUUUCUUGUAGACUACAUUUAUGAAAACCUUUUUGUGAUUUAUUCUGUUCUUGACAAGCACAUUCAUUUGGAACCUAAGACACACUGCCUUUAAGAAAUUAUUUUCUCUAGAAGGUUUCAGUGCCAUGCAGAGUGCAUAUCUUGAUCAUUCCUGCAGAAGAAAAGCAAGAUAAAACACAGAAGAGCAGACAGGCAUGAUUUUUUGAGAGGUAUAUCAAAGAAGAGCCCUGAUCCUUUGCAGUAUUAUCUCCUACAGCAUGAAUCUCUCCAAGUGACAAGCAACUUCCAAAAGGCAGAGUUGGAACUUUCAGAAUUUUGUGGCUCAGUGGAUCAGUAGUGGAUGAGGAACUCUCAAGAGUGCCUAUUACUUCACUUCACUGAGAAGGGAUCAUGCUUCAGCAAGCGAGAACAUGCCAGAUUUCUGCUAUUGUAGUAAACAGUGAACCACGCUCACUGGUAAUGCACGCUGGUGCAUUUAAUUAAGGACUCUGCCAACAGAGUGUAGUAAUAUUUUGUAUUAUGCAAUCCAUUAAAGUUGGUUGAGUUCUGUGU